UGUGAAUCCUAAUAUGAUCAUGAGGAUUAGAGGGCUUAAAUAAUGAACAUCGAUUUUAUUUAUCAAUAAAUGUAUAUUGACGAAAUGUAAUAUAUAGAAAAUGAAAAACCGAACAUAACCUCCAAACGAAUAUUUUGAACUUUAAUAGAAAAUGGAGCAAACUGUACUGGGAAAUAUUAAUCCUGACAACCCUGAUGAAGAAAGUUUUAAAAGAGAAGAAUCUUGGUACGAUGAGAGAAAUUACGUCGUUCCUCUUCAUCAGCAGGAAGUACAAACUUCAUACAACAAAUUUGAUAAUGAUAAUACUCAAUGGUGGCGUGAAGCGUCAAAUGUUUCUAACAUGCAAUUAAGUCAAGAAGAAGGUCCAAGUAAUGUUCCAACUUAUUCACUAUUAGAGCACAUGGUAGAACCACAACAAUCCAUAAUUUUACAAACUACAGAGGAGAUUCUUAAGAAGGAAACAAAAAUGAAAGGAACUAAGAAAGUUAAAUCAACGAAAGAAGCAAAAGAUGCUAUUAAACGUUCGAAACAUCCUGAAAAGUGGAAAGUGAAUGUUAAGAAGAAUGCCAGAUUAAGAGGAGAGGAAUAUAUCGGCGUUGGAGGAAAAGUCGUCCCGGCAAAAGUAAUGGGCCCACCAUGCGACUGUCGAAUGCGAUGCAAUGAAAAACUAAACGAAACAUCUCGUCAACAAUUACACGGUGUUUUUUGGAAGACAUGCACCUGGGAACAACGUAAGCAAUACAUUGCCUUAAUGGUUAAGGAAUCGCCGAAGCAACGAACGCGAUGUCGUGGUGAAGUGAAAUCGGAAAAUCGAAGACAAAUCACCUUCACUUAUUCAUUGUUGAUAAACGGAGAUUUUAUAACUGUCUGUAAAAGUAUGUUUCUCAGUACAUUUUCCGUAUCGGAAAAAUUCGUACGCCACGCCAUGGAUAAGAAACGAUCGUCACCAGGUGGAAUUAUAGGUCCUGAUCAACGUGGUCGACACACGCCGAAAAGUAAAAAAAGUGAAAUUGUCCGCGAUCGGAUACGCGAGCACAUUAAAUCAUUUCCCACUGAAAAGUCGUCACAGAAUCUCAAAGAUCCAAAUGGAUUAAGAUAUCUCGAUUCGGGAUUGAGUAUAGCGUCCAUGCACAAAUUAUAUGUCAAUAAAUGUAAGGAAAAUGGUGUUCCGAAUGAGGAAAUUGUCAAGGAAAGCUACUAUCGAGAAAUGUUUAAAACAGAAUUCAAUUUAGCUUUCAAACCCCAAUCGAGGUGAAAAAACAUUUUAACGACAAAAAUUUUACAAACACCCAGGCCUCGGAUAUUAUGACCUUUUCGACUUUCUUCGACUAUUUUCAAAAAAUGACACUUUUUUGAUUUAUUUUCAAAAAUCGCGACUUUUUCAACUUUUUUUUCCAAAUAAUGCCAAAAUAUAUCGCAUUUUUAGUUAAAAAUACAACUGACUUCCAAUUCUAUAGUGUAAAAUGUAUAACUAUGGACAAUACUUCCAAAAAAAAUAUUUUUCAAACUUUUCUAAUUAAAUUUUUGAAAUAUACGAUUAAAACGAUGUUGAAUAUCUGAAAUUUUGUAAAAGAAAAUUGAAGAUAAUUGAUUUUUUUAUAGCAUUUUAUUACAAUUUUUGAA